AUGUCUUCUUCCAGCUCUUCUGUUUCUGAUCAGUUAUGGCGUCCUUUUGUUUUGGAUGAACUCACUAAAGGAUUUUGUAAGAAAGAGCUGCUUGCUAGAGACAUCCACUUCUGGGAGGCAAGGAACCCUAAAAAAGGAGGUCUGCUUAUGAGAUAUGAACUGCUUCUAAUCGAUCAAAAGGGAACUACAAUCCAAGCAUUCAUACCAGCUUAUCGACUAGGAGACUAUGAGGAAAAAUUAAAGGCUGGUGAAGUUUACAAGUUUAAUAGCUUUCUGGUCAUCAACAACAAAAAGGCGGGAGAAGUCUACAACAUUGGUAGUUUUUUGGUCAUCAUCAACAAAACGAGCUACAAGUUCUCCUCACACAGAUUUCUCAUCCAAUUCAUUCCGGAAACAACAAUGGUGCAAGCCGACCAUGAUGACUACACUAUUGAGGGUCAAAACUUUGGGAUUCGUUCCAACGCCGAGUUUAAUGAAUCUGUUGACAAGAACGAGGACCUUUAUGGUAAUAACUCUUUCAUUAUGAGUAGAGUUCAAUCAAAGGAAGACAUUGAGAAAAGUAUGUUUAGACGAUGGAUGGAGAGAAACGAAGAAUCAGAAGAGGCUCAUCAGAUAACUUAUUCGGAAUUUCUGAAAAAAAUUACAUGGAACAGCGAUAGAAGUCUAUGGUCAAAAGUGGAAAGUUUUGAAGAGAUUCAAAGUGCUGGGGACACGAAAUAUGAUGAUUACAAAUCAGUAUCCUAUGAUAGAGGUCUCCUAGAUUCAGACUCUGAGUGGCAUGACGUGAUGGACGAAGCAACUCAAUGGUCUACACCUUAUCAACUACGAAGACUAUUUGUUUGCUUGCUGAUAUAUUGUCAAGUUCACUACAAGAAAUAUGCCCAUUGA